CACUCAGAGCCCAGGGAGUGCGUGACGUAGCCGAGGAAGCGUCUUCAUCCACCUGCUGGAGGAGAGGACGAGGAGCGGACAGUAGAAGCAGCAGUAGAGUCCAGUAGAAGCAGCAGAGGUGGAGGAUGAUGACGUCGUCUUGGCUUUAGCGUCCUCUGGGUUUUUCUGCUUCAGGAUGCAGAUCCUGGUGGCGAAGCUGCUCGGCCUGCUGGGACUGUUCGGCCUCGUGCUGGCCGGCGUGCUGGUCCCUGUGCGCCUCCUGCUGGUCGACUACGACAAGGCGCACAGGUACAGGAGGGCGCUGUCGCUCUGUAACUCGUUUGGAGGAGGCGUGUUCCUCGCGACCUGCUUCAACGCUCUGCUGCCCGCCGUCAGAGACAAGGUGGGCGAUGUGUUCAGGCAGCUGCAGAUCAGCAGUGAUUAUCCUCUGGCUGAGACGAUGAUGAUGCUCGGUUUCUUCCUCACCGUGUUUGUGGAGCAGGCCGUCCUCACCUUCAGGAAGGAGAAACCGUCCUUCAUCGACCUGGAGACCUUUAACGCCGGCGGCUCGGAGGCCGGCAGCGACUCAGAGUACGACACACCCUUCAUCUCCUCGGCGCGGGGCUCGCCAGGCGGCGGCGGUCACCGCUCCCACGGGCACCAGCACGGACACUUCAGCCCGGCCGAGCUGGCGGGGGCGGGGCCUCUGCGGCUGGCCAGCCUGGUCCUGGCUCUGUCGGCUCACUCGGUGUUCGAGGGCCUGGCGCUCGGCCUGCAGGAGGACGGAGCCAAGCUUGGCGGCCUCUUCCUGGGCGUGGCCGUGCACGAGACGCUGGCCGCCGUCGCCCUCGGGGUCAGUGUGGCCAAGGCGUCGCUGGGCAUGAGGGAUGCCGCCAAGCUGGGCGUGGCGGUGGGCCUGAUGAUCCCGCUGGGCGUGGUGGUGGGGAUGGGCAUCGAGUCGGCUCAGACGCUGGCAGGCGGCGUGGUGUCGGUGGUGCUGCAGGGACUCGCCGCCGGCACCUUCCUGUUCGUCACCUUCUUCGAGAUCCUGUCCCGGGAGCUGGACGACAAACAGGACCGGCUCCUCAAAGUGCUCUUCCUCAUCCUCGGCUACGCAGCGCUCGCCGCGCUCGUCUUCAUCAAGUGGUGACAGACAGGAAGUCAGUGACUCACACAGCGAUACCAAAGGAACACGCUUAAAGGAGCAGUUCAGUGUUUUUGGAAAUUCAGGCUGAAACUCAGAAGUUCAGACUGAUCCUGAACACAUCUGAACAUCUGACUCCAUAAAACAUGGAACUGUUCCUUUAACUCCUCUGUAAUAAGAGUCCAGCUGUGAGAGGCAGAAACAUCUGGAGCAGCUGGAUGAGAAGAAACUGAGCUGUGUCUCUGACGUGGUCCAAACUGAAAAAUAACAAAGUUAUUGACAAAGUUUUUAAAAUGAAACUUAAUGAAAACAGUUGAAAGUUUCCUGUAAACAGAGAAAUAGAAACCAGUUCACUGCAGCUUCUUCCUCAAAACUUUUUUUUUCUUCUUCGUUGAUUUUUUUUUUUUUCAGUGCAUUCCUACUUCUCUGAAACACUGGCGGAGCUGAGUGUCACAAACAGACACCUGCUCUUAUAAAGAUCGCUCCACAGUGCCUUUAACCUCUCACCUGGCUGCAGUGAUGCACAGGUGUACUCUGUGACAUCACUGCCAGGUGUGGUUACAGGUGCGGCCGACCUUAGUGACACUGAUGUGAAGGUGACAGUUCAUUACAUGUUUAGAGGUUGGUUUGUCUUAUAUACGCUGAGUGUUCACUUUAUUAGGUACACCUGUGGAAUCCAGGUGUUCAGCCGUGAAGUCGACUUGUAUGAAGCUUUUAAUAUUUGGUGGUUUCAUUGACACCUUUGUGAAGGUGUUGUAUUUAUAUCCAUGGUUUAACAUUGAGGCCACUGUAAGUGUUGAGAGAGCAACAUUUAACCCUGAAGAGACGAAACGACAGCAGAUGAUGUGGAUAUGUUUUAGCCUCUGAUUGUUUCCUGUCUCUGCGUUUGUUUUCUACCUCUUACGUGUUGUUUUGAAUCAUUCAUGUGCACUUUUAUCGCCGUCACGCAGCUCUUUCUGGUUGGUUUAUUGACUUUCCAACAAGAAGAGUCUAAACAGUGAAGUGGUGAUCGGCCCCGGGGCCAACCUGUCCCUGCUCAGAGGUGUUUGUAGAAUUAGAAACACAUGCAAUAGAACUCCAGCUUUAACUUUGACCUCAGAACUUUACAAAACUCUGUGAAGGCAGAACAACAGCUGUAUUGUACGGGUGUACCUAAUAAAGUGGCCACUCAGUGUAUAUUAAAGCUUAUGACUGCGUUUCUCUUUAACAACACUCCUCUUUUGUUUUGUAUAAACCUGCUGUGUCAGAUGAAGCUGUAAACUCUGAUGAACACAGAUUCACUGGAGCCUUUUUAAAGAGUCAGGAUACUGUAAAUCCAUGUACAUCUGGCUUUAUUUAAUGAGAUUUUCAUCGUUGUAUGUGCUCAUAUUGUGAUCUUGAACAGUUUUGUAUUUAUUAUUCUGUUGUAUUUCUAAUUUGUGUCAGUUGAAAUUAAACAGAUUAUUAUCAUAGUCA